AUGAGGUUCUUCAAGGCGAGCACAGAGGCGGCGCAGCAGCCAGCGGCGGAUCUGGCUGCGCAAACCGGUCGUGUUGAAAAAGAUCCGCUGCCCGUUCACGAUGAGAGCGCUGUGCAGCAGCCCUCUAUCGAUCGCCAGCUGGAGCGGCGAGUCGUCCGAAAACUGGACAUGAACCUCGUUCCGUUGGUGAUGGCUCUAUAUCUCUUGGCUUUCCUUGAUCGGUCAAAUAUUGGAAAUGCGCGUAUUGCUGGCAUGAGCGACGACCUUAAUCUCAUCGGAGACCGCUACGACUGGCUGCUCACGAUUUUCUACAUCCCGUAUAUUGUCUUCGAGUUCCUCGGCAUCAUGUGGAAGGUCGUGCCGCCUCACAUCUGGGCAGCCUUUGUCGUCUUUGUUUGGGGGCUCGUGUCUACUCUGCAGGCAGUUACUCAAUCCUGGGGAGGCGAAAUGGCCCUCAGAUUUAUCAUGGGAGCCGCCGAAGCAGGCUACGGACCGGGCAUCCCGUUUCUGCUGUCGUUCUUCUAUCUCCGCCACGAAGUUGGGUUCCGAUGCGGGGUCUUCCUCUCCGCUGCCCCGCUGGCAAACACCUUCGCAGGGGCUCUUGCGUACGGUAUAACCUCAGGGCAUCCUUCAAUCGCGAAAUGGAGAGUCUUGUUUCUCGUGGAAGGACUGCCAACCAUCGUCAUGGCAGCCAUAGCCUUCUUCUAUCUCCCAGACUCCCCCGAAAAGGCCAAAUUCUUGGAUGAAGACGAGAAGAGAGUAGCUAUGGCGAGAAGCGUUCAGCAAGCUGGCACUUCAAAAAGAGUCGGGGGAGUUGACUGGAAGGACUUUGGGAGAGGGCUGAUUGACAUCAAAGCUUGGUUCACGGGACUCAUGUAUUUCAGCUGUAACGUCAGCUUUGCUUCUCUUCCAGUCUUCCUGCCGACGAUUCUUUCAGAAAUGGGCUUCUCUGAUGUGACUGCCCAGGGCUUGACAGCCCCUCCAUUCUUUCUCUCUUUUCUUGUUACUCUCAUCACGCCGUACAUCGCGGAUCGAACUCAGCAACGUGGGCUCAUGCUCAUCGUACUGACGAUAAUCGGCGGCGUUGGAUAUGUGAUCUUGGCAACUGCCAAGUCUGUUGGAGCCCGCUAUUUCGGCGUCUUCAUGGCAGCCGGGGGCAUUUUCCCUUCUAUUGCCAACAUUCUUCCCUGGGUUCUGAAUAACCAAGGAAGCGACACUCGCCGAGGAGCCGGAAUCGUCCUUCUCAAUGUCAUCGGGCAGUGCGGUCCUUUGCUGGGUACCCGGCUAUAUCCAUCUUCCGAAGGGCCAUUCUAUGUAAAAGGCCAGUCAAUUUGCGCUGCUUUCAUGUUCUUCAUAACCCUGCUGGUAAUUGGCCUACGCACCUUGCUUGUCUGGGAGAAUAAGCAGCUGGAUAAGAAGUAUGGAACCAUCGAAGAGCAAAAAGCGAGACUUUCGGAGGCGGAAGGGAGAGGUGAAGAAGCUACUCAGGUUGUGGCUGUGGAGAACUAUGGACCAAUGUUUAGAUAUGUGCUAUAG